UUUGGAACCUCAAAAAUCAAAGAGAAACAGAAGUGAGAAACUUAAACUUCUUUGAUUAGUCAUUAGCAAUGGCAGCUAAACUUGCUUCCCCAUCUGCUGUUAUUACUUCUCUCCCCCAAUUCAAUGGGCUAAGUAGAUCCAAGAUUUCAAGUGGCCAUGUGAAAAGCUUGGUGACAGUUCAACCCAGUAGAAACAAGGGCAAAGGUGCUUUGGGUGCUCGUUGCGACGGCUUCAUCGGAUCACCUACAAAUUUGAUAAUGGUGACUACAACAAGCUUAAUGUUAUUUGCUGGAAGGUUUGGGUUGGCUCCAUCAGCAAACAGGAGGGCCACUGCAGGAUUAAAGCUUGAGACAACUGAUUCUGGCCUACAAACAGGAGACCCAGCUGGUUUUACUCUUGCAGAUACUUUGGCAUGUGGAACUGUAGGACAUAUCAUUGGUGUUGGUGUUGUCCUAGGUCUUAAGAAUAUUGGUUCCAUCCCUUGAUAUGUACAUUGUCUUAUUCCUUAUUGUAUCUUCCCCAAGUUAAGAGGAUCAAAACUAUUCAAUCAUUUAAGAU